AUGAGCAUGAAUAAUAGCUACAGUUAUUAGUAUAGAACUGAAAAUUAUGAUGGAUAAAGAAGCACAUACACCACUCCCUAAUAUGAUGAAGUUGUAAAGAAGUAUAUGAAUUUUGAUCCCAGCCAGCAAAGAACUACUUUGGCAAUCAAUUAAGGGAUAAAUCAAACAAAUUUUUCAAAGUCUGUAUCAUAUUAAUAAACUAAUAAUACUGGAAACUAUGGUGAUUCAUAUGGUUAUUAAACUGUGUAGUACACUGGUAAUUUUAAUUAAACAUAACCAGGAUUGUAUCAAGACAGAUUCAGCGAAAUCAAAAAUGUCCAAAUAAAAGACGUCUAAAGCCCUGAUAAAAAUUUAUACACUUAAUAUGACUUUUAAGAAGAAAAUGAUAGAGUUAAAAGAUCUAAAAAGACCUAAGAUGUAACAAUAACCAAAACAACUACAACUUAUGAUAAUAAUGGUAUAGGAAUUCCAGACUAUCAACCAGUGUUUAUUGGAUAUGAGAAAUCAAGUCUUUCAUAAUUUAAUUAAGGGCCUUAAUCUAAUUCUUAAAUAAUUAUCCUUGAAAAUCCCGAUUUAGCAAUGCAAAGUAGAAGCUCUAUUAAUCCAAGACUAGAAUCCUAAAAUAGAGUAGAAACAAAAUCUAUUUAGGAUUAAAACAUCGCUCUCUGCAAUAUUUUCUGA